GAAAUGGGUUUGGGAUGACAUGAGGGUGAGUUGAUGGCAGAGUUUUCAUUUUUGGGUGAACUAACCCUUUAAAGUUUUAUGAAUUAAUUUGAUUAUACAUCCUUUUGAUUAUUCAAAUGUCAUUAAUAAAAUGGAAUCCAGAAAAAUUUAAAGUGAAAAAACAAGGGGUCCAGCUUGUCUUGUUGUUGUAAGACUGCUUCAGUGAUGCUGGGAGUAAAUGUGCCGUUGACCAGCAGCUGUGCUCCUUCACUACUGAAGUUCAGCUAUUAUUGUCCCGUCGGCUCUGGUUAAGCGAGCUGAUAGGAAUCCAGCCUGGAAACAUUCCCACUGCACGUAUUCAGAAAGGGCUAGCGGACAGGAACUGCGUCACGGUCUGGAUGGUUUCUUUAUGUAACGGCCGCUCGCUCCCAACAUGAUCUGCGCUGACCUCCACUCACAGGGAGAGCGCUGGAGAGGACGCGUCGCACUUUCUUCAGUUUCACCGUGUCUGACGGCGUCUCCGCAUGUCUUUGUCCCGCCGCUGUCCAGCUCGGCCUGGAGGUCACCUCGCAGUCUCAUGUUGUUUUGUGAAUUUAGUUCAGCGCUAUUCUUAGCAGCUGCGGACUAGCGAGCAUGGGGAAGCGCGCGGGUUCAGUCGCACAGAAGCCCAGCUGGUCCUCGCCAGAGCUGGAGCCCAGCCAGAUCCGCCUCAUCGUCUACCAGGACUGCGAGCGGCGCGGCAGGAACGUCCUCUUCGACUCAGAUGCCAGAAAGAGAAGCACAGAAGACGCCCCCGUCACGAGGGUGUGUGGAGAGACGCAGGCGAAGAUGUUUGGGAAGUGUUGUCAGCUGAGGCCGACAGGCGGCAGCUCCAGUUCACUGGACAGCAGCUCGUCCUGCGCCUCCGAGCCCAGAGAACAAAGCCGCUUCCAGGCCUCGUCACGGUGUUCUUCAGACGCUAACAUGCUCGGAGAAAUGAUGUUCGGCUCAGUGGCCAUGAGCUACAAAGGCUCAACGCUGAAGAUCCACCAGAUAAGGUCUCCUGCACAGCUGAUGCUCAGUAAAGUGUUUACAGCCAGAACAGGUGGCAGCGCCUACGGCAGCCUGAACACACUGCAGGACAGUUUGGAGUUCAUCAGUCAGGACUCCAACGCGCUCCGGCCCGAGCAGAACACUGUGGCCAACGGCUUCCUGGGCAGCAUAGGUUUCUCUCAGCUCUGCAGCCCGCGCCGGGCGCUCUCAGAGCAAGGUCCUCUCCGGCUCAUCAAGAGCGCCUCUUUCUUUUCAGGUCACAGCAACCCCAUGGACAUGCCCGGCCGAGGACCGUAUGACGAGCGAGACAGCGGCAUUGCUCGCUCAGCGUCUUUAAGCAGCCUCUUGAUCACCCCGUUCCCAUCGCCGGGCUCCUCUCUCACCAGUAGCUGUGCCAGUAGCUACCAGCGGCGCUGGUUACGCAGCCAGACCACCAGCUUGGAGAACGGCGUCUUCCCUCGAUGGUCUGUGGAGGAGAGCUUCAACAUGUCUGAUGAGAACAGUGGGCCGAGUCUGGGCGUCGCCAGGAAGAAGAAGAUCGCUAUCGGCGUCAUCUUUAUGCUCUCGCCCAAUGAGGAAGAAAACGCCAAAUUCCAGGACUUUUUCUUCUCUCACUUUCCGCUCUUCGAGAGCCACAUGAACAAACUCAAAAGUGCCAUUGAGCAGGCUAUGAUACUGAGCCGCAGGUCAGCUGAUGCCAGCCAGAGAGCUUUGGCUUACAGUCGAAUGGUGGACGGCCUAAAUGAGUUUAGGACCACCAUCUGCAACCUGUACACGAUGCCACGUGUGUCCGAGCCCGUCUGGCUCACCAUGAUGUCGGGUCCACCUGAAAAGAACCAGCUUUGUGGGCACUUCAUGAGGGAGCUGGCCCUGCUCAUGGAGCAAGCCUCCAAGAACCAAUUCCUCCCAGCGCUUCUCACUGCAGUUCUCACUAACCAUCUUGCCUGGGUGCCCACAGUCAUGCCCAACGGUCAACCACCCCUUAAGAUCUUCCUGGAGAAGCACUCCUCACCGAGUGUGGACAUGCUGGCAAAAACACAUCCCUACAACCCUCUCUGGGCACAGCUUGGUGACUUGUAUGGGGCAAUCGGCUCACCUGUGCGUCUGUCCCGUACGGUGGUGGUUGGCCGACGUCAAGAGCUGGUUCAGCGUCUUCUCUACGUGCUGACGUACUUCAUCCGCUGCUCAGAGUUACUGGAAACGCACCUGCUGGAGAGCGCCGAGGACGAGGCCAUCGUCAUGCCCGGCUCGCUCAUCACCACCUCGCUGCGCCGCGGAGAGGUGGAGGAGUCCGACUACGUGCUGGUCACGGUACACAAGCCGAGCCAAGACUACCUGUCCCAAGGUGCCGAGGCAGAGGGCGGAUACCCCUCUGAUGACCGCAGCACGUACACGGACGGAGAAGCCCCAGACGAACACAAGCGUCCCGUGGUACCGGAGGGAGACGCACCUGUCUGCAGGGAGGCGGAGAGCCCGCGGCUCGAGACUCGGGUGGAAACCGUGGUAAAGAUCGGAUCCACCUCGCCGUGUGAAAGAAGAACCUCGCUCGAGGUUUCAGGGGAUGUGCGGCCUGAGGUUGAAGUUGGUGGCGUGCCCAUCAGGAUCCUCCAUUCAUCCAGUGUCCCACUAGAGAAGAAGCCCCCUGACAAGAGCUCAACACUCACAACCUUUCAUCACGACGAGAACGAACCCUCUGCCAAAGUCACAUUCCUCAUCGGAGACUCUAUGUCUCCUGAAUCUGACAUGGAGAGUCGGCAACUAAAGGUGGAGGAGGAGAUCAAGAAACACAAGAAGCUCCUCAAGGACAUCCAGCAGAAGCAGAGUAGCGGUGAGGCGAAGCUUAAAGUGGACCAAAUCAAGACCAACGACAGCAAGAAUGGCGUGUUUGUAAAGUGGAGUCCAAGAGUGCAAGGGGACUGCACGGACAUGUUCGACGAGUAUUUCAGUGAUGACAACCCUGUGGAGACGAGGACUAUUGAUGAUGUCUUCCCAACACCUGCACAAAUAGGGACAAAAGGUGCCCCAAAUCUGCAAGGGUACCAAGUUAGGGUGCAUGGACUGACCUCUGCACUGUCGGACAAGGACGGUUGUGGGUGCAAAGCUGGAGAUGUCAGCACGGGCUGUUGUAAAACCUGCUGUUCUGCCGAGCAGGACAAGGGUAUUGAGAUAUCGCUGUGUGUGCCUUCACAAGGCACAGCUGGGGAUAAAACGAAAGCCCUCCCACUGAACGAUUGGGAGAUCCCACGCAACGAGAGCUCCGACAGCGCGCUGGGGGACAGCGAGAGCGAGGACGCCGGACAGGAGCUGCCUAGGCAAGAGUCCGAUGGAACGUUGUACGGCGACGACCAGGCCGACUGGCAAGAUGAGCUCGAGGUGCCGUUACCCGGGGCGAAGCUGGUGGAAAACUACUCUAAACCGAGCAUCGCAAACUUUGGGAGGUCAUUGUUUGGUGGAUACUGUCCUACAUACGUUCCGGACUUUGUUCUGCAUGGAGCCCCCAAUGAUGAGAAACUGAGGCAGAACCUCGUGUCAGACCUGGCCCAUGCUGUGCAGCAUCCUGUGCUGGAUGAGCCCAUCGCCGAGGCUGUCUGCAUUAUCGCAGACACAGAUAAGUGGAGCGUGCAGGUGGCCAGCAGCCAGAGACGACCCUCCGAAAAGCUGGGACAGGAAGUGCUCGUGUCCAACCUCGUGUCCAACCUGCUCCAGUCCACGUACCAGCUCUACCGACUCAACCUGUCGCCAAACUUCUGCAUCAUGCACCUGGAGGACCGGCUGCAGGAACUGUACUUCAAGAGCAAAAUGCUGGCGGAGUACCUGAAAGGACAGACCAGGGUGCAUGUGAAGGAGCUGGGCAUGGUUCUGGGGAUCGAGUCUAACGACCUGCCCCUGCUAGCGGCCAUAGCAAGCACACACUCGCCGUACGUGGCCCAGAUCCUCCUAUAGACCACAUAUAGAGAGAGCGAGAGACUCCAUUCCCGCGUCGGCAGCUGUGCCGGCUUCUCCAGGUUCAGGAUGCCUGGACGGGCACCGUGAAGCUCCUGGGACUCCUGGAACGGAGCAGGGAGGCUGGGUGUUCACUGGGAUCGGUCUCAGGGUGAGCGUACUGCAGGACAGAUGCUCUGCCAUCAGGUAGCGGCGGUGGACGAAACCCGGAGAUUCCCAGAAAGACACUCGUAACUGUCACUUUUUGACACAUGGACAGAGUUUUUUUUAAUUCCAUAUACCACAUUAUGUUUUAUGUCUCGUUUCUUCACACAAUGUCAGAAUGUAGAAGCCAAAGAAGAUAUCCAAGCAUACAUCACGAACAAACACUGAAAGCCGUUCACGGCACCUUCUUCUUCGAAUCAUCAUAGGAAGCAAAGACUUCGUUAUUCGGAACUUAUAAAAUCAGUUUUAUGAUUUUAGAUUCAUGUGUUCUCAAUGGAUUGUGGCGGUGAGUGAUCAUGUAAUAUCCGUUUACAAGAGAACUAUCCCUGUUGUUUCCAGAGCUCUACCUCAGACCUUCACACACACACACACACUUUUCUAACAUGUUAAAUUAAACACUUGAGGUAAAUCCACCCAAUAAAGAUGAAACCAUGGCACGAUUUCCCAAGAAUGAGCUCUGAGGAUUCGAUUUUUUGUUGUUUUUCCAGCAAAGUCACUUUAACUAUGUGGAAAAAUUAAUGAAGAGAUGUAUUUUUAUUUGAAUAGUCGUGCUGUGUGUUGUUUGUUUGUGGAGGAACACACUGGGAGAGAGAUAUUUGAUGGUCACCACUCACUACAUUGGAUUUGUGCUGGACUUUUAUUUGAACACUGAUCCAGGGACAUUCAACAAUCAUUUAUUUUCAGGAUUGAAAUGCUGAAACUCCAUGUAAUGACUAUUCUUAGCUUGCAGCCACAUUGUUUACUGAUGAAAUAACAGAGAAAUGGAUGAAAGAUGCAAUGAUUUAAUAUAAGCGUACAUGUUUAUGAUUGGUUUGCUUACUUUGUCUAUGGGUCGAACCACACAGUCUUAAUCAACGUGACAUGGAAAAAGCAGGCUAUACGAGGCAUUGCAGGUUACUGUAGCUGGUUAAAUCAUGUACGAGAUGCUUCUGUGGGGAAACUUGCAAUUUAUUUCAUUUUGUAAAAAAACAAAACAAAAACAAAUCUGUAUCCACUUGUCUUCUCCAGAAUAUGUAUUUAUAUCUAAUUAUUUCUUUAUACAACAACAACAAACAUUUUAAUUUAUUUACUUGGCAUGCGUUGGUAAAUGUUUGCUGUAUAUACUGCUUAGAUAUUAUUGAUGUAUUUGUACAUAAUGUUUCUCCUUUUGACCUUAUCUUUGUUUCCCAGUUUUUGUGGGAAUAUUGUGCAAUAAAUAUGCCAACAUUACA